GAUUGCCGAAGGCUUAUGAAUCUGUACUUAGAAAAUUUUUUUAAUGUUCUCCUUGUUUUACCAUUGUGAUCUGAUAACCGAAUGCUUUCUGCAGGCCCGGAGAUGGACGCUAGAAACUUUGCCAAGCUGAAGAAACAGUUGGCUAAGGAGCCGAAGAAGAAAAAGGAGGGGGCCUCCCAGCAGAGGCCCGUUGAAGACUUCUUCCCAAAGGGAGAGGCCGCGAAGGUUAAGGGGGCCGAGGGACCCUCUCAAGCUAUUGCCGAGGGCGCUAGUGCCCUUCAAACGGAGGCCGCAAAAAGAAAGGCGCCGGGCAAAGAUGUCGAGGCCCCCGGUAAGAAAGUUAAGAAGUCUGCCGGUGCGAAGGGGGAGCCGGUGGUUUUAUCCGAAGGUCAUUCCUCUUCCGGCACGCCGGUGGUGAUUGCUACUGCCAAUGCUCCCUCGGGUCGGGGGGCUGAAUUGACAUGGCCUACGGAGAACGUGCAAUUCUCCAUUACGAAGGGAACCGCCAUUAUGCACGGCACCCUCAACCCGAGGGAGUUUUUAAAUGGCGCCACUCCCCCGACGGAUAAGUCGGUGCUGUCCAGGAUGAAGGAUGAUGCCCUCGGCGGCAAGAUCCUACAAGCUUCCGUCACUGCUGCCCUUGGACUUGGUGAGCUCCUCAAGAGGUUGGAGGAAUCACAGGCCCAGAAGCGGCAAGCCGAUGAGGCCCUGGCAGAGUCCCGGAGGCAACUUCGUGAGGCCCGGGAAGCCCUUCGGCUGGAACAAGAGGCCUUCAACCAAAUCCUUGAGAAUAACAAGGUAAUCGCCAGAGCCGAGGGGAAGGCGGAUGCUGAGAGGGUGGCUGCUGAGGAGGCCAAGAAGGUUGCUGACAAGGCCGAGGAGAAAAAACGGGAGGCCGUCGGUCAGGCGAAGAAAGAUGCCAUAUCUGAAUUUGUCGCUGGGGGCUGGACAUCCGAAGACCACAAACAGUGGGUAGCCUCGGUAAUUGAGAAAAGCGUCGACGAAUGGGUCGGCGGCCCCGGGGCGAUGUGGCUAGCCCGGAAGGGCAAAGACUAUUAUGAUGGUGGCGAGUUUUUUACUCAAAACCUCAUAUAUAGGAGGCUAGCCAGGCACCUCAAGGUUGAGCCGAAGGAGUUCGACCCAGCGGUCUAUGGCCUGCCCCCCUGCAGCCGGACGUAAGAGCUCCACUCCCCGAGGGCGUAGAGAGGCCAGACUUGGAGGAUUCCGAGCUCAUGCAAGAGGGCGAGGAUGACGAAGAGGCUGGAGAAGACGCUGCCUCCAAGCCGAGGGGAGAUGCGACCGAAGAACCCCAUGUUUAGAAAUUAUCCCCAACAGCUUUUCGGCUCCGGCCAAUUGUAUUGUAAACAAACAAUUGUAUUGUAACAAUCUUUUUGAUGAACAUGACAUGCCUUCGGGCUUCUUGUAUGAAUGAUAUGCCCCAUUUUUUCCAAAUUAUUUUUGC